ACACACACUUGCCAGUACAUUCCGGUUCGCCUUGCUGUAUACAGUAUACAAUAUCCACCCAAAAGCAAAAAACCCAUCGUCACACACCAUGGAAAACGUCAAAUUUCAGUACAGUCAAGGAAGCAUACCUAUAGUCGGCUAUGGCACAUGGCAGGCCAAAGAUAGCGAGCUGGAAGCGGCUCUGAACGAAGCGUUGAAAGCGGGAUACCGGCACAUCGACACGGCUACGGCUUAUGCCAACGAACAUGUCAUUGGAAACGUUUUGAAAGUAUGGUUCGAGUCCGGGCAGAUCACCAGAAACGAUGUGUUCAUCACGUCCAAGCUUCCGCCGUACCUCAACCGUCCGGAAGACGUAGAGAAAUGUCUGGUGAAAUCAUUGAAGGACUUGCAACUAGAUUAUCUCGACUUGUUUCUGAUACACACGCCGUUCAGCUUGUUAGACAAAGUUCCUGGCGAUUAUUCAAAAAUGGAAAUAGACCCUUCGACCGACCACGUGAAGACUUGGAAGGCGUUGGAGGAACAAGUGGACAAAGGCCGGGCCAAAGCCAUCGGGGUGUCAAACUUCAACGUUAAACAAUUGCAAAGAGUUUUGGACAACAGCAGGAUAAAGCCGGACAAUCUUCAAGUCGAACACCAUUUGUACCUGCAACAACCCGAACUGAUAGCUUUCUGCAAAGACAACGGCAUCACAGUGACGGCCUACUCGUGUUUGGGUUCGAGGGGCAACCGAGAAUUGAUGGGAAUCACUACAGCUAAAAAACUUCCCGAGCUAAUGGAAAACGAAGUCGUGUUGAAGAUAGCCGAAAAGCAUGGCAAAACUCCGGCCCAAAUUCUUCUGCGCCACAUCGUCCAAAAAGGCAUAAUAGUCAUACCAAAGAGUACGAACCCAGAGCGUUUGGCUGCAAAUAUUCAAUUGUUCGACUUUGAAUUGGCACAAGAAGAAAUGGACGCACUAAACGGACAGGAUCAAGGCGAAGGAGGACGCAUAAUAAAGUUCCACUUUUUCAACAACAUUCAAAGCCACCCGGAAUUCCCAUUUCCAUCGGAUCGAGAAGCAAUCGGAAAAAAAAAGCUGAACAUUAUGGAUCACCUUAAGUUUCAAUCCGGAGGCAAUCUACCGAUUGUCGGCUAUGGCACUUGGACGGCCGCAGAUACCGAACUAGAAAUAGCACUGAACGAAGCUCUGAAAGUCGGCUAUAGGCACAUUGACACUGCUAGAGUUUACCAUAAUGAACGGGUGAUUGGAGAAGUUCUGGCCGAAUGGAUCACUUCUGGUAAACUGACCAGAGAAGAGCUGUUUGUAGUCACCAAAUUGCCCGCCUACGGAAACCGCUCUGAAGACGUGGAGAAAUAUCUCACCAAGUCUUUGAACGACCUGAAACUGGAUUAUGUCGACUUGUAUCUGAUACACGCGCCGUUUGCAGCGAUUGGAGAUGAUACACAAAAUUUUUUUGAAAUGGAAGUCGACCACACUACUGACCUGUUAAAAAUUUGGACGGCGAUGGAAGAACAAGUGGACAACGGACGCUGCCGGGCAAUUGGAGUGUCCAACUUCAACGCGAAACAGUUGAAAAACAUAAUAGACAACUGCAGGAUCAAACCGGAUAACCUUCAGGUGGAAAUUCACUUGUACCUCCAGCAACCCGAACUAGUGGGUUUUUGCAAAGACAACGGUGUCACGGUCACGGCCUAUUCUUGUCUGGGCUCGAGGGCAGCUCGGGAAUCGUUCGGACUGCAAACGGUAAAAGACCUGCCAGACAUGAUGGACAACGAGUUUGUGGUAAAGAUUGCGGAUAAACACCGCAAGACUCCGGCUCAAGUACUCCUGCGUCAUCUCACGCAAAAAGGCAUAGCAGUCAUACCGAAGAGCACAAACCCCAAACGUUUAACGGAAAAUAUUGAGUUGUUUGACUUCGAUUUGGACCAAGACGACGUGGACACUCUAAACGGACAAGAUCAAGGCGAAAGCGGUCGUUUAUUGAAGUCGAUGUUCAAAAAAUGGGAGAAUCAUCCGGAAUAUCCGUUUCCGCUGGAUAAAUAAUAAUAAUAAAGGAGUGACAUCUUACGAAUUCAGUAGCAAUUAACUUUUAGAACAAUUAUGGACAAGACGUCCAGCUUAAAUCGAGAUGCUUCAAUAAAGAUUUCCAUACACUGCAAAAAAUGUGUGCCUAGUAUUUUCAAGUGGUAGAAUACACUAAACUUGUACUUCAAUACCUACUAUGCUCCCCAACUAAACAAAUUCCAUCAUUUCAAUUCGUUUAGGGUUUAGAUAAAUACAAUAUGUCGCGUUAUAUUACUACAUAACAACGAAAAUAAAAAAUUUAAUUUAAUUAAAAU